UUGAAGUACAGCUCAGAAGGUUGUGUGUUCAAAUCUCAGCACAGCCAGUGCUGCCAUGGUUGUGUCCUUGUCCAAGCCCCAUAAACUCCCUUCUACUCAGUUGUAUGCUCCCUCAGACAAAUGUACUGGAUUAUGUCUUAUUCUCCAACUAUAUGUAUCCAAUAACCUACUGUAAAUAAUAACAGGAAUGCACGUGGACAUGACAUGGAGCAGGAAUGAACAGGAAUGCACGUGUUGAAGUUUUAUCAGGAAUGCACAUUUAAGGGGCGGGGAUAGUGUUCAAAGACAUGCCCUCCCUUCAGUGGUGAGGUUGGUUAGCCACGCCCCCAUCGCUCUUCAAGAAGCACAGCGGAGUCAAGGCAGUAGCAACAGGCACGAGUGAGACUGCUACCCGUCGUUCAUAAUUUAUAUCGGUCUGAGUGUUUCAUUUCUGCAGCGUUCACCGGAUAAAUAACUCCGAACAAACUUCCUCGCAUUUCUAAGCCGGUUUUACCGGAGUGAAGAGCUCACGAGCUGGAGUGAAAUGAUGGGCUCGUGCUGCGGUUAAAGCUGGGCUAAGGAAAAUGGCGGAACAGAUGGAUCAGAGCGAUGAUGUGAACCUGGUGAUCCCGCCAGAGAGCAGUGACCCUCAGAAAGAGGAUGAGCCACUUUGUCUCCAACAUUACAGACAAAGCAUCAUGGUCAUGGGGGAGCCUGGAGUCUGUGGGGCACAAGGCAGGGGACACCAUGGAUGGGGUGCAGGGCACAAUCGCGUACACAUUCACACACCAGUUCACACACGUUGGACAAUUUGGAAAUGCCAGUCAGCCUACAGAGCAUGUCUUUGGAUUGGGGGAGGAAACCAGAGUACCCAGAGGAAACCCCCGAAGCAUGGGGAGAACACGCAAACACAGGACAGAGGUGGGAUUCGAGCCCAACCCCAGAGGCUGCAGCUGAUAGAUGAUCUCUCAUACGAAGACGUAAAGAAAUGUUAUCGGGGAUCUACUGUCAGCAAGUACAACUCUCAGUACCACAAACUUUUCCAGAACAUUCCCAAAGAGGAGAUCCUCAUGAAAGUGUACUCGUGUGCACUCCUAAGGGAUAUCUUGCUGCAAGGACGACUCUAUAUCUCCCGCAACUGGCUGUGUUUCUACGCUAACCUGUUUGGCAAGGACAUCAAGGUGGCUAUCCCUGUAGUUUCAGUUCGUCUGGUGAAGAAGCACAAAACAGCUGGCCUGGUCCCUAAUGGCCUCGCCAUCACUACAGACACCAGUCAGAAGUAUGUUUUUGUCUCGCUCCUGUCUCGGGACAACGUGUAUGAUGUCCUCAGGAGAAUCUGCACCCAUCUGCAGGUCAAUGGGAAGAAGAGUCUGAGUCUAAAGCAGUAUCUAGAAGAGCCUGGCUCACUAUCAACUGACGAGUUCCCAGUGGCCAGCGAUUACCCUGCAGUGUUAAAAUGGCGCAGGAAGACUUCAGUUCCAUCCGUCUCCUCCUCUCUACCUGAUCUGUUGGGAAAUUCCACCAGCAGUGCCGGAAAGCCUCCGUUUACAAGUGAAACUCAACUGCAGGAGAGACAUCUCGAGGCUGAGAAUAUUCUGCUGACUGAGCCUGUACCAGAACUGGGUCACAUGGAAUAUCAACUUCUCAAGUUCUUCAUCCUGCUUAUUAUAUUGCUGAUUAUGUCAUCCUGUUACCUGGCCUUCCGUGUGUCCAGUCUGGAACAGCAGCUCUCCUUCCUCAACACACAGCCUACCUUACCUAUGAGAGAGAGGUAACACAGGUUUAAAAACGGCUUUGCUCUUGUCCAGUGUAGCCAUUAGCAGAUAGAAAAGAAUCACUUAGUGGAGGCUUGGACAGAAUCUUUACUGAUCCACUACUGAGCAACAGCAGAGGAGGGAAAUAUAAACGAUGCUGCUGUCAGCUGUUACCUUCUUGCCUGGACUGAACAUAUUCAACACAUAAAGUAGGUCUUCUGUAUAAGAUACGGGUUAAUAUCACUAAGGAGCAGUUUGCUGAUGGCGCUUGCUAUCGGACUUUUCCACAACGGGAACUCAAUGACAUCAUACACCAGCGAGGCCGAGAGACCGAGGACAAUCGGACACACUGUCAGUUCCUUCAACGUUCAUCAAAUGUCAGUCAUUUCAUGAGGCUCACCUGUGAGCACGGUGGUGCCGGUGAGAUUUGUUUGUUUAAGAGCGAUGUUACACGGAAGGUCUUUGUUUCGGAACGUACGUAGUGAGGAAAUGCAUUUCAGGUGAAGACGGAUCCUUUCACCCACAGAAAGAUGGGUUUGUCUUGAACGCACGGAAGAGUGAAACGAUUUAAACGGACGCCGUUUCAGCGUGUAGUCAGGGAUGUGUGUUCUGUCGUUGGAUAAAGAAAGUUUUGUGUGAUUCGGACCGUUUUGUGAAAGCCAAUUCCAAAUUAUAGGGGCAGUAAUGCCACCGAACGGACAUGAAGCAUUUCAUUGUAUGAUUAUAUGCCUGUUAACUUUGCUUUUGAUUGACUACAUUCUGUUGUAGGAAAAAGUUAUAUGUACGUAGUGAUAUACUUGAAAUUUCAGAAGACUUAGGAGUGCUUGGUUUAUUGUAAAUGAAAAGCACAGUUUAAAUGAGAAUAGGUGCAAUUUGCUUUCUAGUACAGAUUUACUGUAUUUAUUUGUGAUAUUCUGUACAGGCACACGGUGGCUUAGUGGUUAGCACGUUCGCCUCACACCUCCAGGGUUGGGGGUUCGAGUGUGUGCUGAGUUUGCAUGUUCUCCAUGUGUUGCGGGGGUUUCGUCCGGGUACUCCGGUUUCCUCCAGUCCAAAAACAUGCAUGGUAGACAGGCUGAUUGGAGUGUCCAAAGUGUGUGAUUGUGUCCUGUGAUGGAUUGGCACCCUGUCCAGGAUGCACCCUGCCUUGUGCCCCAUGCUCCCUGGGAUAUGGAUAGGUAUAGGUAUAGAAAAUGGAUGGAUGGAUAUUUUGUAUAUUUUGGAUAUUUGGUUGUUUUUUUUUUCGAGAAGGAUACAUGCUCACAGUGUACAGCAUCGAUUUUUUUUUUAACUGUCAGACCCAGCAGUUAGACAUCAUUGACCAAUAAACAGUUUUAACCUGU